GUGCCGGCUGUUAGUCGGCCGGUUUCGCGUUCACUGACAACUUGUUGUGAAAGACGAAGAGAGAAAAGCAGCGACAGCAAACAAUGAAUGCGUGUUUCAUGAACGCCGAUACUACGUCGAACUUCGUGUAUACCCGAGCAACACCGCUUGCUUUCUCUUCUGUCAACUCACAGGCGACUGUUACUGCCAACACAUCCGUGCAUGGCCGGGCUGAAAUCAGGAGCCGUUCAGCUCAGGCGCGGCCUCGAGCGAAAGUCGGCAGCGAGACCCGCUUGCUCGAGUGCCCAUCGGCCGGGCGGCUGGCGACUGAACGAGGGCCCUGGCAACGUGGGUGAGGCGAUCGCGGAGAAGCUCGUCAAGUUGCUGUCCUCGGAUGCGGCGAGCUCGCUGCACUCAGUGCCCUUGCCUCUGCUCGAGGCGCCGGACGCCGAAUUGCGUGGUGCCAAGUUGCUGGGCCUAGACCGCUUUCGGCUGCGGCCGGACGACCCGGCCCGAGUCCUGCGCACGGACAAACAUCUGCUCGUCCACAUCCCGCUGCAGGUGCAAGACCUAAAUGUAACUGGCAAAUACACCGCACUGCGACCCCAUGUCAUCACGAAGGGGAAGUUCAAGGCACGUCUGCAAUGCCUGCAAAUCUACACAGAGAUUGCCAUCUGCAGUAGCCAUCCAAAACUGGAGACGCUCGAGGUAAUGAAAAUGGAAGGACUCAGCCUCAUGUCUGCAAAAGGCAUGACUGUAUUCCUGAACUGGAUGCUGCUCACUAUGAUUGACAACUUUGUUAAUCGCAACCAGGCACAGUUGUUCAGACUAAUCAGAGAAGCCUCAUGGAAAGCCUUUGCAGUGCAUGUGAUGAGUGUUCUGCCUCACCUUGAUGUGAGGUAUAUUUCAAAGAAGCAGCCAUGCCACCAUGAAGAACCAAACUGAACAUCUUCAGGAAACAGCCACAGGAACCUCGUGGUCCAUUCGAUUCGCAUUCGAUUCGAAUUACUAGAGAAAGCCAAACCAACUUUGCAUGGCUAUCAAAAUGAAUAAAAGAAAGCAUUCUACAAAGGAAUAUAUCAACAUUUUUUCCAUCAAGCAUACUGCUAGUACAAAGUGGCAUCAGGUAAGUGGACCACAAAUGUUUCCACGUGCCUGACUUUAUAAAACAAAAAUGUUAUAGCAAGUACAACGGUCAUACGUACAUGAUCACUAAGAGGCUAAAGAGCAAGUGAUACAUAACUACUUCCAAAAGGCAGUCAGGCAACUGAAAGACACUACUCUUUGCUCACGAAAUUUUCAUUGGCAGGUUUGUCUAGGUGGGUGCUCAAA